AUGAGUAACGGGACAUGGAAGCAAAAGAAGCGAAAUAGAGACAAGGAAUUGAACCCAGACCUCCCGGUUGCCGGCUGGAUAAUGCGGAUCUACACAGACUAUAAGUCUGAAAUCCCCGAGCAGCGGGAAUGGAUGUGCGGCAUGCAAUGCAAUUACACUCACGUGGACUUCUGCCUCGUGGACAGGCUGCCCGGGUUGGGGAACAUCACGGCGCUGCAAGACCAAGGGCGAACGUGGAGGUUCCUGCCGGGGAUGGAUCCCCUCGUUGACAUAUUUAUCUCCAGGUGUUUGGAGUUUGAAGACUUCGGGCAUUCUGCUGCAAUCCCGGUGAAACGUAUCUACGGAAAAAACAAGAUGACGGCAUCUAUAAUAAAGGAUUACAUGAAGACCAGAAGACUCCAGGAGUUCGUGCGGAGUCUCAACGAAAGAAUUAUGCAGAUCCGUCAUGAGCAAGAUGCGACAUCAGUCACCAGUCCAAAGGAACAUAGAAACCAAGUUCAUGGAUGCCUUGCAGAGUCCCCAGGGUCGCAAACUUCAAUCCCUCCAGCCACCUCCUGCGCCCAAGAACUGCUAAGUAGGACAGCCGACACUGGAAAGAGGAUUAUUAGCUCCGAACGGAAGAGGACACACAGACAAGCUAUGCCUGCAGAACGACAUGAAGCCUGCUUUUAUGGGACUCAUCAGAUACCCCUGAGGAUGAUACGGCAAAGUUGUGCAGCUGCGAGGUCUUUUUCGACAGAGGCAAAAGAUGUCCUGAAAAAGCAAAUCCUACUGGAAGGAGAAGACAUGGGUUGCCAACUUCCGAUUCUCGUCGCAUCUAUGCCUGGGACCGUGAGAUUCGAUGCAAAUUACAUCCAUGCCUAUUCGUAUGAGGCUGUGGCUGGCCAGCAUAUAGUCCAGGCUAGAAAAAAACUGUUGGAGGAGACACCAACUGGUAAAGAUACUUGCACAUGUGCCAUCUAUGUGGGGGUCACGGAAGCAGAGAAGCGGAUGCUGGCUCUACAUAAUGCCAAACUUCAAGCAGUUCCUUAUAAUGUGCUUGAUGUUCUGCAAAAAUACCAUGAGAUGCAGGAAGCUGCAACUGAUGGGGAAAUUCCAAAGGAAUACACCGACACUCUGAAGGACAGAAAAAAGAGACAAGUAAUCAACAACUUGCUCCGCAUGGGACCUCCAGUGGUGAAGGAAUUCCUCAUGAUGGCUAAGCGACUUGAAGAUGCCGACCCAGGCUGUGUAUCUAAGAAACUGUACCACCUGAGACAUUUGGGUAACCCAAGCAUUUCCUCAAAUGAUUUCCUGGAAAGCCUGAAGGUGGUGAACUGUGCUGGUGACAUGAAGAAGCUUGGGAAUAACCUGGAAGAUGUCAUCCGGAAGAAGACCUUAAGGACGUCAUUUUCCGAGCUUGCUGGAAUAAGGGAGGAAGAAAUGGACCACAGGUAUUCACAGCAUGUGACAGACGAGGCGCUCAAACCUUUCAUGAGAUUGAAAAACCCAGAGAAGGAGAAAGAAUGGAAGGGCUAUGUGGAACUAUGUAUAGGCGGACAAGUAACACAGAAUACUGAAGAACUGGGAGCUGACUCUGAGAUUAUCACGGUUCUUGGAAGUCACCUUGAGGUGCCAGAGGGUUGUUUUGAUCUACCAUUUCGUAGCGCCGUAUUCGCGGUUGAGAGCUUAGGAGAAGCCGAAAAAUGCCUCUUAGGUCUUAAUGACCAUCAGGGUCGCUUCCAUGGUGACAAAAAUAUCCCCACAGCCUUCAUGGUGGAUGACAUUAAGCAGGCUGCAGCCAUCCAGGAAUCCCUUAGAAGUCACUGCCUUAAAACUGUUAUUGCCAUCAUCAACUAG